CCGCGCCGCCUCGAGAGCGUCCACAACACAGUGCCCGGUGACUGUUUGAAUCUCGGAGCGCUACCGACAUAAAUCGUCGUGCUGUUCGGCUAGGUGGAUUAUCUCCUGCUCACGGGUCCUUUACGGAAAACAACACCAUUCUUACGUCGAAUUUUACAGACCUCUAACCGACUGCAUAUGGACCGCGGACACAACGGUAUUCUAUGCAUUUAUUUCGUUUUAUUUGCUUAGUGAGUAGUUAGCUAUAUUUUGUUUGAGAUAACAUUGAAAAAAUGGCCACCGACGAGCUGUCAUCGAAGCUUAACCGUCGCCUGAAGAUCGAGGAGGGCGGCGAGGAGCCCGUGGCCGUGGACGAAGACCACCAGAACGGAUCCGGUGAGCAGGAGAAGCACGAGAAGCCGAACACUGCAAACGCAGACUCGGAGCUGGGCGCCAAGCUGCAACGGCGGGGUGAGAUGAACGAUGGCGUAGGCGAUCACCACCAGCCCAGCAUGAAGGUGUUCAACCCUUACACCGAGUUCAAGGAGUUCUCAAGGAAGCAAAUCAAAGACAUGGAGAAGAUGUUCAAACAGUACGACUCGGAGAAGGAUAACUUUAUUGACCUGAUGGAGCUGAAGCUGAUGAUGGAGAAGCUUGGAGCCCCUCAGACUCACCUGGGCCUGAAGAACAUGAUCAAGGAAGUGGACGAGGACCUGGACGGAAAACUCAGCUUCAGAGAGUUCCUGUUGAUCUUCCGUAAGUCAGCGGCGGGUGAGCUGGCGGAGGACAGUGGUCUCCAUGUUCUCGCUCGUCUCUCAGAGAUCGACGUCUCCACUGAGGGAGUCAAGGGGGCCAAGACCUUCUUCGAGGCCAAAGUUCAGGCCAUCAACGAGUCGAACCGCUUCGAGGCGGAGAUCCGCCAGGAGCAGGAGGACAAGAAGAAGGAGCAGGAGGACAAGAAGCAGAGGCAGGCGGCCUUCAAGAACCUGCAGUCUGCCUUCAAGUGAUGAAGAGCCUGCAGUCUGCCUUCAAGUGAUGAAGAACCUGCAGUCUGCCUUCAAGUGAUGAGACACCACCCCACACCUGUCUGUCUGCCUUCAAGUGAUGAGAGACCCCCCCGCCCUGCACAGCAUUCCUAAACCUGUCUGUCUGUCUG